AUGAAAAUUUGGAUAUUUUCACUUUUUUCUGCUAUUCUCGCAUUCCCUACUGAAUUUCCGCCCGAUCCAGAGCUUGAGUUGGAUUUUCUAGGCAUUGCGAAACGUUGGGAUUACUAUGCGGAGGAACAUUUUGUGACAACCGAUGAUGGAUACAUUUUGAGGGUUCAUCGAAUUCCGAACAAACGCUUCCAAACGGGUGUCCCGAAUUGUCUCCGUCCAACGGUCUUUCUUCAACAUGGAAUGGAGGGAUCAUCCGCUUCAUGGAUUCUCAAUUUACCCGAUCAGAGUGCAGGAUUUGUCUUUGCCGAUGCUGGCUUUGAUGUUUGGAUUGGGAACUUUCGCGGAAAUGUGUAUGCGAAGAAUCACACCAAGUUGGAUCCAACGAGUCACGAGUUUUGGCAAUUCUCAUGGGAUCAGAUGGGCUCACAAGACCUCCCAGCAAUGCUAAAGUAUGUAAUUGGGCAAACGGGCGCUCAGCAACUCUACUACGUCGCUCACAGUAUGGGAACGAUGGCCGCUUUCGCCGAGUUCUCACACAAUCACGAUUUGGAGGCGCUUGUCCGCGAGUUCUACGCUCUUGGCCCGGUAGCUUCAGUGGCUCAUAUCAAAGGCUUGCUGGCAUGGAUGGCUGACCGAUAUCAACUCAUUCAAGACCUUCUCGAUGUUCUUGGAAUCGACCAAUUCUUGCCACCGAGCUUUUUAACGGAAAUCAUCGCCGAAGACGUUUGCGAAGAUGCGGAUACGUAUAAAGUGUGCGAUAAUUUAUUGUUCUUGAUCUCGGGAACAAGCCAGCAGCUUAAUGAGACUCGAGUCCCAGUCUAUUUAAAUCACAUGCCGGCGGCGGCUGAGAACCAAAAACACUAUGGACAGCCAGUUCCACCCGAGUACCACGUUGAGGACAUGACCCUUCCCGUUCAUCUCUAUUGGGGCUACAAUGAUACCCUGGCUGAUCCACAAGAUGUUCAGAUGGCCCCGCCAGCGAUCUACGGAGAACCAAAAAUCAUCUCAGCUGAUGGAAAUGUUACACUAGAGGUUGUUGUAACCGGAGCCGAUCCAGUAAAAACGAAAUGGCUUUUGGGUGACCGAGAAUUGGAAGAAAGCGACAAUUAUGUGUUCUCCCACUCCGAUGAGGGAGGAAACAGAAAGAAAUUGACCUGUUUGAUUAAGGAAUUCGACAAACCGUUGGCUGGUGAGUACAAAGCGAAAUUCUUCUCGGCUGAUGGAGAGAACAGUGCCGCUUUCACUGUCACUGUUGGAGAUGCCCCCGAAUUCCACGAUAAGCCUCAUAUUGUUCAAAGGGAUGGCGGAAACGUUAUUGUGAUCAAAGUCCGUGCAAAAUCUCAUCUCGAGAUGAAGGCUGAAUGGUUCAAGGAUGACAAGCCUGUUAAAUGUAACGAUCGAGUGAAAGCUGUUGUGAAGAAAGACGAUAAGGACAAGGACGGCUAUCAAUUCCUCUUGGAGAUCACGGGUCCAAUCAAAGAGGAUGAAGCCAAAUACAAAUGUGUCGUCAAGAAUUCCGAGGGUCAAAACCAGCAAACGUACAAUUGCGAAGCAGUAAACGUCACUUCAGAAGAAUGGGCCGCAAAAGGCAAAAAGGAUCCAAUUCUUGGCUCAAUUUUUCUCACCUACGGAAUCAUUGUCGAGCUCAUGUACGUUCCAUGUCUCAUGGUCAUCACUCGACCUCAAUACCUCAAGUUGUCAUGCUAUAAAAUUAUGGCCAUUCUCGGCGUCAUCGACAUGGCCGCGAUCGUUGUAAACUCGGUGUUGACCGGGAUUUUCAUGAUCGAAGGCGCUGUCUACUGCUCGCAUCCAGAUCUCAUUUACAUCAGUGGAGCGAUUGGAUUAGGGUUAUGGUGUUGUGCUUGCUUGUCCUGUCUUCUCCUGGUCGUCAAUCGUUUAGUCGACAUCUGGAAGCCGCAUCUCAUGGAUGGAAUCUUUGGAGGUCGUCGCACUUACUAUGUGAUGACAUUCCCGAUGAUUUAUGGCCUCUACUUCGUCUUUUUCACUCAACCAUUAUGCUUCAGUUCGUCGCAUGCGGCUUGGUUCUUUUCGCCGUUCAUUUAUGAGGAGAGUCGGGAUCCAGAGUACCUCAACUACCCACACACCGCCAAUAACUUGUUGAUUGUGGUGGCCACUUGCUGGCUGUACACCGGACUCUGCUACAUUCUCGCAAGCAAAUUCAAAACCGAUUACAGCUCCGGAAUGUCGUGGACACAGAAAUCGAUCUUCAUCCAAGCAACCCUCAUCUGUCUGGCUAAUCUCAUCGCUGCGCUGAUUUACGUCUACAUGCAGUUUUUCCCCACUCCGGACGUUUUUAUUCUCAUUGGUCAUAUCAAUUGGCAAUGGGGGCAUGGUUUCCCAGCAAUUGUCUACCUGGCUUUGAAUCGAACCAUUCAACGAGAGGUUGGUCACAUGUUGGGUCUUUACAAGAUCAACUGCUUGCGAACGACGAAGAUUCUCCCAAGCGCCUCGGCUCCCGAACACACCUCUUCUCUACAUAUC